AUGAAAGCUUAAUUACUUCAUAAGCAAAAUAAUUAAUUGUUUAUUGCAUUUGACAAAAUAAUAAAUGUGAUAAGUAAAUAAGAAAAUAACUAAAUUGAAGUAUCAAAGUAAGUUUAUCAGACUAAAUCUUAUGUUUCAUCAUUGGCGAAACUUGAUGAUGAUAUUUUUAUUUGUGGAUUAAAGAAACAUUAAAUCUAACUUUUGAGUUUGUCAAAUAUAGAAUAUUCUUAAGACUUUGAAAUGACUUAGAUAAACUCAGUGAUCAAUUUUUAUUUCUUUGCAAAUUUAUAAAAAUGGGAUAAUGUAAUUACUAAUUCAAUUUUGACAAGAAGAAAUUGA